GCAGGGGCCCACCUACAGGACACAGGGACAGCUGGCCCAGCCCACCCAGCUCCCCCAGCACAUCGUUGAUGACUCCCAAGGCUGGCCUGGACCCUCCAGAGGCCGAGGAGGAGGCUCCCCCAGGCCUGGCAAGAGACCCCAGUGCUGGGGACCUCAAGCCUCCCACAGGCUUGCCCACCAGCCAGCAGGACACAAAGCCUGUUUCCCCACCCGGGGCUGCCUCUGCUACCCUGCACUUGGCACCCGAGACCCUGGACCCCCGCACACUGCAGCUGCUGUGGGGGCAGCGGGAGCUGGAGAUCCAAGCACUGCGAUGGGCCGUCAAGAACGGCUGCAAUACCCAGCACCAGCGUGUGCUGCAGGAGGUGGCCGGAUUCCCACCCCAGAGGAGCCCCCACAGUCAGGAGAAGCUCUUGCAGAACCAGGUGCAUAAGCUCAGGCUGGAGCUGCAGGAGCAGAAGGAGAAGAGCCAGCAGGACAAGGAGAUGUUGGAGCAGCGCCUGCUGCAGGCGACCCGCACCCUGCAGCAGCUAGAGGCAGAGCUGCAGGUCUACCAGAAGUCCUGCCUGCUGCAGCUGGCACGGGCCUCCUGGGUGGGCCGCACGCUGCGCUCCCAGACUGGCAGUGUGGAGGUGGUGACCGCAGAGACCCUCAGGGAGCCCAGUGACAUGGAAGACAGUGAUCCGGCCUUGGGGUCUAGGGAGGGCUUCCGUCUGGAGGACACGGACUGGAACAGCAUUGCCCGCCGCUACCCCAACCUCUUCACUGACUUUGAGCCCAACCCAGAGCCCAGGGAGCCCCCGUCCCAGGGCUCACAGCCGGACCAGAGGCGCCACAAGAGUGUGGAGUGGAGCUCCUUGCCCCAGCCCAGCAGUAGCAGCUCCAGGGGUGCAGGCUCCGACUCCAGUAGCUGCCAGCUAGCCCCUGAAGAAGCGCAGGCGCCGAGGGGCGUGGCAACCAGGAGCCUGGGCAGGGAGGAGCCCUCAGAAGGUGGAGUGGGCUCCCCCAGGGGCCCGUCAUCCCCUGGCCCAGCUGGCUGUUCCCAGCCAGUUCAGCGUCGCUUCGGGGCAAGACAUCCCCACAGACAGACCCCACGAGGGGCCCCCUUGGAAGGGCUUUCCCCAGGUCAACAGAUGACGUCCGCAGGAGAGCCCACCAGGAGCAAGGUGGCAGAGCCCGACCACCUGCACAUGGGUUCCGGGUUGAGCCACCUGAAGAUCGUUGCGGUGAGCCGCCGGCAGAAAUUCGUGCGCAUCCUCAACCAGUCUCGGGAGCAGACAGCCGACCUGGCGGGUGUCACGCUGCGGCAGCUGGAGCACGGCUUCCCUGUGCGCCUGUACCGGUUCCCGCCUGGCACGCACCUGGGACCCCGGCGCCAGCUCACGAUCUGGAGUGAGAGUGGCUGCGGCACGCAGAAAAGGCAGCCCUUGAAUUCUGGCCAGGAGCCCAUCCUCUUCCACGUCAGCCCAGGCUGUGUGACCCUGCUGCUGGGGCCCAAAGGCGAGGUCCUCAGCGAACACCAGGCCCCACACUGCGUGACUGCUACUGCGAGGCUCUGUGCUGAGGACACCAUCCUGUCGGUCGAUGGCUUCCCGCUCCCAGAGGCCCAGCUUGGCGCUGACCUUCCAGAGCCGCGGCUCCAGCCUCCAUACCCGCGCAAGGGCCGGAUGCGGCAGGCCCCAGGCGGGCACGGAAGGCCCCCGUGGUGGCUGCGGACUCCAUUCGCUUUCCCAACCCCGGGAUCCCCUCGCCAGGCCUGUGCCCCCACUGACUUUCCCAGGACUUCCUGGAGGAGGCCCAGGCCUGGGCAGGACCACCUUGCCUUGGGCGAGUCGCGGGCUGCCAGGACCCCCUGCCCCGCCAACAUGCCAGCCCCCGUGAAGAUGCCGUCACUAUCCCCGUGCGAUGCUUUGCAUUCCCAGGAAGUGCCAUCGCAGACCAAGUGUUUCGAGAGCCCUGUGCCAGAGCUCCUGCCCUUCCUCCUGGAAGCCAGGCUGGGCCUGGAGGACUGCCAGGCCAGGAAGGAGCGACAAGUGCAGGUGAGAGCAGGCCCGCGGGGCAUGCGGGGUGCAUGGCACUCUGGGUGCGCAGGGCGGCCGCGCUGACCCGCCCCUGCAGGUUGGCCGCAGGAGCGUGGACCGGGACUGCCCGAUGGUGCUGCUGUCCAUGCAGAACACAGCAGAGAGCAGGUUCGGCUUCCGCUUCCUCUGCUGUCCACCCAUCACAGCAGACAGGAGCAGGCGGUACUGGCGCUAGGCAGGUGGUGCCUGCCGCCCAUUUAU